CAGCGAACAGCUACUAAGGCGUCCUUCAGGCUGAUUUAUGUGGGAAGAGGCUUCUGAGGGCGCUUCGUUGAACAUGGCAACCAGGUGGGGAAUCUGCAGCGCCGGGAAGAUCAGCCAUGACUUCACUGUGGCUCUGAAAACUCUUCCUGCUGAAGACCAUCAGGUUGUGGCUGUUGCAGCUCGUAAGCUGGAGGAUGCUCAGGAGUUUGCCAGAAAACACAGCAUCUCCCGGGCUUAUGGCAGCUACGAGGAGCUGGCCAGAGAUCCAGAAAUAGAUGUGGUGUAUGUUGGAGUUAUCCACCCCUACCAUCUGAACGCCUGUCGGCUCUUCACAAAUGCUAAAAUAAAUGUUCUGUGUGAGAAGCCGCUGGCCAUGAACACCAAGGAAGCGAGGGAGAUUCUGGACUGUGCCAAAAAGAAUGACGUCUUCCUCAUGGAGGCUGUGUGGACCCGCUUUUUCCCAGUCUUUGUGGAGAUCAGAAAGCUGCUGGCUCAUGGGGAGAUAGGCGAGGUGAAGAUGGUCCGUACAGACUUUGGUGUGCCGCUUCUGCACGUGCCCAGAUCGGUGCAGAAAGACUUGGGUGGCGGAGCGUUACUAGAUCUUGGUAUCUACUGCCUGCAGUUUAUAAGUAUGGUGUACAAUGGAGAGAAGCCAGAGAGUGUCCAAGCCAGCGGUGUCUGCCUGGAGACAGGAGUGGACGAGACCGUUGUGGUCAUGCUUAGGUUCUCUAGAAACAGAAUGGCGGUGUUCACCUGCUCUGCUGGCGUGCAGCUGCCCAAUGAUGCCAUCAUUGCUGGAACAAAAGGCACGAUCCGGGUUCCUUCUCCUAUGUGGUCCCCAACAUCGCUGGUUGUUAAUGGGAAGGAGACCCAGUACCCGGUGCCUGAACCCUACUUGCCUCUCAACUUUCCCAACGGCACAGGGAUGCGCUACGAAGCAGAGGAGGUCCGGCAGUGUCUGCUCAAAGGGCUGAAGGAGAGUUCAAUCAUGCCUCAUGCUGACUCUCUGCUGCUGGCUGAACUGGAGGAUGAGAUCCGCCGGCAGGUCGGAGUGGUGUACAGCCAGGACUGCCAGUAAAUGUUAGACCUGUUCACACUGUGAUAUAAGAAAACCAGUUUACAGUGGAGACUAGCUUUCUCUUGUUGAUUCAGGAAUAGUUAACUUCAUGUCAUUUAAGAAGUGAUUUAAAGUGUUUACACUGUUUGACCUCCAGCUUUGUGAUUAACCUGUUUCCUAUUAGUUUUGACAUAUAAAACACUAAAGAUGACCUCUCUCCUUCAUAUGUUAAGAAGCUGUUAUUUGAUAUUUAAUAAACCUAAAGCUAAACACCAGUUUUGCAUACAUAUGUAUUGGAACUCACCGACCACUGCCAACUAUGCAAUGAAAUGUAAAAUCUUGCAUAAUCUGUGAAAUAAAUUGUCUAGCCAAAAAAAAAAAAAAAAA